AUUUUAUCAACUAUCAUCACUGCAACUCUCUCUCUUUCAAGCCUUGUCUGUAGUUGAAUCGAAAGCUAUGUCUCAGACCGUUGUUCUUAGAGUGGCGAUGACUUGCGAAGGAUGUGUUGGAGCUGUGAAAAGAGUUCUUGGGAAAAUGGAAGGUGUGGAGUCAUUUGAUGUGGAUAUAAAGGAGCAGAAAGUGACGGUGAAAGGUAACGUGCAGCCAGACGCGGUUUUACAGACGGUGACAAAAACCGGAAAGAAAACGGCUUUCUGGGAAACCGAGGGUGAAACUGCCAAGGCUUAAGGAGAAGCAAAGCAGAGCAUUUUAUGUGAUUCUCUGUUUUAAUAAAAUCAAUGUGGAAUCGUUUUAUUCUUCUUCUGUUGCUUGUGACUUGUGGCUGAGUGUAUGGAACUAUAGAAGAUACAACACACUUUUGAGUGAAUAAAUAUGCACUCAGGCU